AUGCUGACCAUGCCGCGCAAUCUCGAAAUAUUGGGUAGCCUGUGUUUAACAGCGCAGCGAGCUCUCGCCCCAGCUGAGGCAACGUCUGAAAUGACAAGAUUACCAGCGCUGAGUCCUACGACAUGGCAGCACGUUGAAUGUGUCUGGAAUCCUACCUUGUACGGUACAGCUCUUACGUGGAUGGACUCAAGUGGCAUCAAGAUUGACCCGUUUGCAGCCACAGAGGCCAGUGUGAUUAAUAGCUUCGUUGAGCCGAUGCCUGGAGGAUUCCGCGACUUUCAGUGGAUGAAUAAUUGGCCUGGUCAGAGCGAUACACGAGGAAAUUUAAGCUACGCAAACUUACACCAGCAGCCGGACGAUUUUGAGAAGAGCGCUUUCAUUGCUCUGGGGUCAUUGCGUGCAUUCCCGAACCAGCAAUAUCGAAAGUUGCAGUGGGCUCUUCUUGAAGACAACCUUCCGUGGUCGAACGCUUGCGUGGCAACCAUUGUGCGGCAGUCACUGUACCAAGUUGGAUCUCUCACUGACGAAGUGAACCCUCAACUGCUGUGGAAAACCGACAUGCUUAGUGGUAACGAGGGUCUAGACACGUUCUGUGCUACGCUUGCGAGUAUUACGGACAAACUUGAACAGACUCGGCGCAAUUUUGAGAAUGUGCCGCUUCUCAGCGAGCUUGCAGGCUUUGCGUUGCAGUAUUCGAACAAUGCACGGCAAAUUGUGAAGAUGUUUGGUGGAAUGACGCGGCGUUGGGCGGAAGAAACGCGCUCGGAGUACAAGGAGGAAUCGUCGCCUGAUCGAAUCGCUAGAAUCCGCCGAAAGGAGUGCGUACUUUAUGGCUUCGCUGUGCUGGCUUACAGUCUGGGACCAUGGGACGACGAAGCAGCUCAAGAAGUUUGUGAGCUGAUUGUGCUAUUUCGUACUUCUUUCCUGUGUGCGAGUAUUAAUCUGAGGUCCAACGAUCAGAUGCUUCGCACGGAGAGCAAGAUCGUUGAGAUGAUGUCUCGUCGGAUUGCAGAGCUGGUUGCUUACGUGAAGAAUAGUGGCAUUGAUACAGUGCUUACUGGUUUAAUGCGUUUGGUGAGUGCAACGUCACCAGAGAGACUGGAGUGGAAGCAGUUUAGCGAAUUGUCGACAAAUGGUGAGCAGUUCGGAUGCUGCUUCGAAGCGAUCGACACACGGAUGGAUACUCAUUACGCGAUUAACUUGUUCACGGGCGUCGUUCUGACAGAUGGCUACGCACCUGGAGGCCUCCCAGUCGACAUUCGUCGGCAUGAAAGAUUUCAGAGUUUGUUUGGGCCCAGCAACUUUGAAGUAUUCUCUACGAACGGCGUGCUCCGAACGGAACGAACGUAUUGUGGUCGGUUGUAUGAUUUCGCAUUGGAUCAAGAGCUUUUUGUCCAAGAACUAAGCGUAGACUCUUGUGGAGAGAUCACCAGUACACUUCAGCUAUGCACUACCAGUUGGGUAAACGCAUUGAGGUAUCUGCUCCCAGCUCAGCUACGGAAAUUGUAUUCACACUGGUACUGGGUGGAAGAGAACUGUGUACUCUUCCGACCAAAGGAGGCGAAAUGUCACGAAGUGUUUUUUAUGGCUACAUUUGGCGAAGGUGGCUCUCUCCGAUGCUACAAAGUGCCAUUCAGCGACACCAAGCGUCCAUGCGAUCAACUCUUGAGCCAUCUUGACGACUAUGACCAGUUUGUUCAGAGAGAUGGCCCGCUGUUGAGCAUUUUCAAGAUUCUGACAAAGUUCGAAGCAGUGAAAUUCCUUCAUCCGCUGAGAUCUCCUGAAGGUAUUCUGAAGAUCGAGUUACCUCGGUUCAAACUUACGUUUGCCUUGAACAGCAACAUGGAACUCGAAUCCGUGGAGCACAAAGGCUACAUCUUGGCGACAAGCCAGCAGUUCGAUGAUUUUCUUCCAAGAUUCAGUCGGUAUCUACUGCUGGAACUUCAGGACAAGUCCCAUACAGCUCAGUCCGAACUCCGGAUGCUCCUUCCCGUUGGCGGUGUGGGUGAAUCUGACGGGACGGUUGAAAUCACAAUCUCCAAGACGGCGGAUAGUCGCGUGGAUGUACAUUGCUAUGACGUCCAUCGGCGCUUGAAGACUUUUGAAACGGAGACGAUCGCUGCGAGACUGCAGCUAGGUGCUGUAUGUACUCGAGCAGGGACAAACGCUCCAAGCAAACGCCUGCAGAUGACAGGAGCGGAGGCAGCUGUACAAAUGCUACGAGCGUGUCGAUCGAGUCGACCAUAUUCAUCUUUUGAGAGGGAUACUUUGUUCACGAUCUAUAAGUUGAGUUAUCGCGAACCAGCAGUGAAGAUUUUGGCUGUGGCGCUGCUUCGAGAGGCGAACCGUCUUGGAUUCCUCUUUGGUCACACACAGGUGAUGAAUACUGCGAUGGCUUGCAUUGACGAAGAAACAGAGUACGAUGUUAUGUGUAUGCAGCGAGUCCAGCGUAACCCGUUACGUUCUCAGUUUCGAAGUAACGAAGAGGAAUUCGUGCUUGGAUACGUGCAGCACGCGUCUGUUCCUGUUCCCGCGAUAGAAAUUGUGUCGUGUCGGCCAUCCCCAGUGGCUGAUGAUUACGUCAAGUCUGUCGAGGCGAAGCUGAAGUUUUUUCUUCGGAUCGAGACGGUAACAGCGAAAGAUGCCCCCCAGCUGCCGCUAAAUACCGAUACAGUAAACGCCAUGAGCAAAGGGAUGCUAGAUGAGCUACAGAUGAGCUGGGAAAAUUUCCAUUCCCAAGUCGAACCGACGCUCAUGACGUCACCGAAAGAGCUGGUCGGAUCAUUUACGUCGCUGCUCAGUGAGGUAUCAAGCCGCCGCUUCGAGAUGGAAUCAUACUUAAGGGAAUCUUAUUCUAAGGCUACAAGCAGUACGCGUGAUCAACUUCUCGCUCUCGCUAACUAUUUGCCGAUACUUACGGUAACUGAUAUAGUCCAGUGUGGAUUUGAUGAGGAAACGCAGCAUACUUUUACGCCAAAGUUGAGCGAGGAGUCUAGAGAAGAAUUCAAGAAAGCAGUUCUCAAGUACAUGGAGUUGUGCGUUUUAGAAGACAAACUGGAGAGGCUAAUCUGGAAGGCUACGCGCGGUGACGAGUUGUCAGAUGCUCAGCUGGUAGAUGAACUCGUGAACAUUCGUCAGUGGCAGUCGGUAGAAUUCCCGUACUGGUUGGCGUUUGAGGUGGAAGGGAGACUUCAGAUCCGCCACGAGCAGUUCGUCAUUGCGCAACAUCUCAUCAAUGGCCCCGGAACCGUCUGCCAGCUUAACAUGGGUCGUGGCAAGACUCGCGUGAUUCUCCCGAUGCUGUUUCUGCAUUUUACGCUACGUCGUUGUCCUCGAGUCAUUCGUGCGCAUUUCUUGAGUCCUUUACUGAGUGAGGCGCGGCACUUCAUGCACCGCUAUUUGUCGGCAUCCAGCGCGCACUUGGGUGUGUUCGAGCAGCCAUUCCACCGGCAGAUCGACUUGAAUGCUCGCAGACUCGAGUUUAUUCGUGAUAACCUUGAAGAGUUAAAGCGUUUUGGUGGUGUUCAGUUGGUGGCUCCCGAGCAUCGCAUGUCACUGGAGCUGAAGCGAUUAGAGUUGGGAAAUGAAGGCCCAAUCGUUGAAGUGCUCGACGAAAUUCUUGACGGCGAUCAGUUUGUCGACGUUCUGGACGAGUGCGACGCUCUUCUUCACCACAAAUAUCACGUGGUGUAUGCAGUAGGCACGCCAAUCCCUCUUUGUAGUGGCGUUGAGCGUUGGAAGGCUGCAGAGGCGCUUUUACGGGUGGUGGCGGAUCGAUCUCUUGGCUCUCGAGUCGCUGCCGUGCUUCAGGCUUCGCAUGUUUCCUGUGUCUCGCCAGACUAUUCAACACGUUUAGGUGCUUAUGAUGGAACUCGGCUGAACACUGUAGUGGAGAGUACGAAAUCACGACGAGAAGAGCUCAAGAGGGCUCUAGUGCUGGAUCUGAUCGACAGCGCUCCGUUUGAAUUGAUGUGGCUCAACGCUUUUGGCUCGACCGCAGCUCGAGAAUCGCUUGUGAGGGCGAUAGCUGAGUCGACUGUGAGUUUGGAGCAAGCCCUUGGUACCCACAUGUCCAAGUUCAGACCUUAUACUUCGCAGUUGCUCGCGUUGAGAGGACUGGUAGCGUUUGGGGUGCUCGAACACUGUCUGGAGAAGCGCUAUCGAGUCAAUUUCGGACUUCCGCCCCCGCAUUCACGGCCGAAGAAAAUCGCGAUUCCAUUCCGUGCUGCUGAUGUGCCUUCAGAGAGAUCAGAGUUCAGCCACCCUGACGUUUGCAUCGUUCUCACACUACUGGGAUACUAUCACAGAGGCCUGACUAACAAGGAGCUUCGAAGUACGUUUCAGACGUUGUUGCGGUUGGAUAUCUCGGAGCAGCAGCAGUUGUACGAUCAAUGUCUUGCCGAUGCUCGGCAGUUUGAAGCGCUCUGCCAGGUCUAUCGGUUUUCUAUGGGAGCCAUCAACUUUUACCUCAACACGUGCGUAUUUCCCAAGGACACACAGCAGUACCCGCAACGUUUGUCCAGAACGGCGUGGAAUCUCGCUGCAGGAGCGAACAACAUCGGAUUCUCUGGAACGAACGACAAUCACCGCCUCCUCCCUCUCUCAGUGACGCAGCGUGAGCCAGAGGAGCCUUCGUUGCUGGGCACCAAUGGAAAAAUGAUCGACAAGAUCCUGCAAGUGACUCACAGCUACGAGGUGAUUCAUCCAAGCCCCGAUCGUUCUUCGAUUCCAUGGCAGAGUGUUCUUUUAUUCGCCAUGGACAAGAAGGCACAAGCUCUAAUUGACACUGGGGCUCUACUUGCUGGCGUGGCAAACCACGACGCAGCAAAGUUCCUUCUUGAACAGAGUGAAUUUGAAUUCGCGGGCGUGACAUACUACGACAGUCGGGACGAGAACAACUGCUGGAUGAUCGCAGAGAAGGCUCGACGUAUCGAGGUGCCUCUGAAGAAGUCGUCGAUGUUGGAGAAGGAGACGUUCGUCAUCUUUGACGAGGCUCGCUCACGAGGUUCCGACAUGAAGCUGCUUCCAGAUGCCGCCGCUGUAUUGACGUUGGGACCGAAACUCACCAAGGACAAGCUGAUGCAGGGAGCUGGUCGCAUGAGGCAGCUCGGAUGCAGCCAGAGUCUUUGGAUUGCAAGCUUCGAUGAGGUUGCGCAGAGUAUUCUCCAGAUUGGUGGCCAACGCGAGCUGUCGAGCGUUUCUGCAAUCGAUGUGCUGAAUUGGGUCAUGGAUAACACUAAGACGGAGGCGGUGCGUGGGUUACUCGAGUGGGCUGGCAAUGGGAUCCACUUCCGAACGACUCAGCUCAAUCGAGACAAAGAGCUGGUCGACGAACACUGGGAACUUGAGACGUUGUAUCGAGAGAAGCUGCACGUUGACAAGUUGGCCCAAGUGAUUCGAUCGAAGGCUCUAUUGGCUUUCAAAGACUCGGCUGAUGAGCUGGUCAACGAGAUCUGUGGUCGAGGGCUUGUAUUUGGCCUUGACGAUGAAGUGUGCAUCACGUCCCACACCGAUGAAUGCGAGCGAGAGCUGCAGAUUGAAGAGGAGGUGCAACAAGAAAGAGAACUCCAAGUGAUAAAGUGCUCUCCGUCGAGAGAGAAGCGGUGGGCGUAUGAUAAAAUCCUGAGGGCCAAGUCAGUUGGAGACCUCAGUGGAGCUGUCCAAGUGCUCGAGAUCUCGAAAUUCAUACGUCGAUCGAUCUCUCCGAGAGAAAUGGGAGAUCUCGACUGGACCAGCACCCACAUUUACGGAACGAUCAAUUUCUGCACGACAAUCCAGACGCGAAGUGAUGCGAGAUGCUUGAACGAGUUCCUUCGAGUGAUUGAUGUCGUGUUGGUGUUCACGAAUGGCGACGUGUUGCUGGUGUCGGAGUGCGAAGCUGACCACAUUCUGGAGCUGCUCUGGACGACGACUCGUGGAGACACAACCGCAUGCAGUUUUUUUAGCUUCGUGAAUCUCGCCUUUGCUUGCGAAACUCUCGGCCGCGUUGGUGCAUCAACCAAGUUUCUCGAUGCGCAUCUGGCACUUGGCUCGAGUCUUGAUCGAAAUCUGCCACUGCUGUCGGUGAUUGCGUGUCAUAUCUACAACGGAGAGACGAUGCUGGCGAAGCACCAGGAAGAUACUGCAGAGCCCACCUUCCGUGAGUUUCUUGGUCCUUUGUCUCAACGAGAAGCCACACUGAGUAACUUUAUCAAGUCACGAGGCAAUAGCCACAAGUGGACAAGAUCGUUCCUACCUGCCGCAUGGAUCUAG